AUGUUGAACGAGGACGAAAGUGAUGUAGGCUUUUAUGGUGAAAGGAGUGAAUCUACAACGCUUCAAUCCGUUUCGGGAUCGAAUACAUAUGAAAAUCUCUCAGAACAACGAAAUAAAAUUGAUCAUGAACCAUCAACAACAACAGAUGAGCCUGAGCAUGUACCACGCGUUCGUCGACCUAGCAUUGUAAUUCGAGAACAUCAAUUGGCAAAUUAUCCAAUUAAUUAUGAUCCAUCACCACAGAUUAUUCGGAAACAAGUUGAUGCUACUCAUGAACCUGUUGUAUAUAAACAACAAAUUGCUGUUCGAUAUUUAUGUCCACCAACACCACCACCACCAGCUCCAUUAAUUAUUCGAGAAGUUCGAGCACCUGAACUAUCAUCAUUACCACCAAUUAUUAUUCGACAACGACCUCCAGCGCCAAUUACUCCACCACCAAUAAUCAUUCGAGAACGACCACCAACUCCACCAUGUUACAGUACACCUGAGAUUAUUUAUAAACAAGUAUCAUCUGGUCAAAAUACAUCACGUCGUGUUAUUAUUGAGCGUCUACCUCCAAUGCCUGCUAAACCUCCUGAUAUUAUUGUUGAACGUUGGCUUCCAUAUAAACAACAAAAACGUCAAGUUAUUUAUGAAAAAGCAUUACCAAACAAUGAUAAUUUAACAUCAACUAUCGAUCAACAACUACAAAAUAAUGUCAUUAUCCAAUAUGCAAAUCCAUCCGUUCGAAUAGAAAAACAAAUGCGCUCACUGGGUAUUGUACGAUGUGAUCCGUAUAGAUCAGAGAAAAGUUCAGCUGCACCAUCUCCUAAAUAUAAUGAGCCUAUCUAUCAUAAUUGUUUAUCACCACAUAUUGAACAUCGUAAUCAAUCAUUAGCAUAG